GGGACGACUUUCAGCGACGUACCCAUUGAGGAAGUUGGUCGCACACAGCGCGUUUUGCUUGUGUACGUGCGUAACGAAGCUUUGAGCGUCGCUCCACACAUGUUGUAAAACAAAUAAAGCUGCUCGUGAAGACCACCAUGGAGAAAGAAACCCCCGCUAAAAAGGCUGCAGCGCCUUCUGUGUCCCAGAUCAAUGCUGAAUACGUCACUCAGUUGGCGAAUAAAUAUUGGGCUCCACAUGCAAAGAAUAAACUACCAUUCGACCCUAAGGUGAUGGAAGAUGUGUACGAGAAAGAGAUUCUCAAGUCCAAAUUUGCCAUCAGAAAGAUUAUGCUGCUUGAGUUUAGCCAGUACCUUGAGAACUACCUGUGGGUGAACUACACCCCUGAGGUGUCCAGCAACGCCUACCUCAUGUCCAUUUGUUGCAUUGUCAACGAAAAGUUCAGAGAGAAUGUCCCAGCUUGGGAGGUGUUCAAGAAGGAGCCCAGCCACUUUCCUUUCUUAUUCAAAUGCGUGAUGGAAGCUGUGUUGGCAGGCGAGGAGGCUGGCCUCACACUGAAAGAACAAACCGUGCUGCUGGUCUUUCUGGAUCACUGCUUCAACAGUCUGGAGGUAGAUUUGAUCAGAGAACAGGUGCAGCAGCUCAUCUCUCUGCCGAUGUGGAUGUGCCUUUUACCAUCCCGACUCCAACACGAGCUGAAGAAAGUUCCAAAGCUGCAGAAGUUCUGGAAUCUAAUAAAGAAGAAAUCUGAGAAGAUGGAUGCCGAUGCAGCUGAGCUGGCAGAAAAAGAGAGGACCUUCCUCUCGGCUCUCAUUAAAAAAUUUCUCGGGGUUCUCAUGUCAAUUCCGCCAUCAGAGGCCGUCUCCAUGGACAAAGUACAUUAUUGUGAGCGAUUCAUUGAACUUAUGAUUGAUUUGGAGGCCCUGCUGCCCACCAGGCGUUGGUUUAAUACAGUGUUAGACGACUCCCACUUGGUGGUCAGCUGCCACCUGUCCAGCCUCACCCAGAGAGAGAAGGAAGGACAUCUCUUCUGCCAGUUGUUGGACAUGCUGAAGUUCUACACAGGCUUUGAGAUCAGUGACCAGACAGGAAACGCUCUGACGCAGAAAGAGAUGACUACACUUCACUAUGACAGAAUCACGUCUCUACAGAGGGCAGCUUUUGCUCAUUUCCCAGAGUUGCAGGACUUUGCUCUGGCGAAUGUUGCAGCGGUAGACACUCGCGAAUCCUUGACCAAACACUUUGGGCAUCUCAGUCCCAACACGCUCCACCAGGUGGCCUCGUACCUAUGUCUUCUGCCAGAGCUGCCUGAAGGGCAAAGCACCACCUAUGAGAAGGAGGUUCUUCUUGAGCUGCUGGUAUCACGUCAUGAGCGCAGAAUCUCUCAGAUUGAGCAACUCAACCAGAUGCCCCUUUAUCCAACAGAGAAGAUAAUCUGGGAUGAGAACAUCGUCCCGACAGAGUACUACUCAGGCGAAGGCUGCCUAGCACUGCCCAAACUGAAUCUCCAAUUCCUGACGCUCCACGACUACCUGUUGAGGAACUUUAACCUCUUUCGUCUGGAGUCCACCUAUGAGAUCAGACAGGACAUAGAGGAUGUGGUGUGGCGAAUGAAACCAUGGCAAUCAGAGUACGGUGGAGUGGUGUUUGGAGGCUGGGCCAGGAUGGCUCAGACAAUCACUGCUUUCUCCAUAGUGGAGGUUGCCAAGCCCAACAUUGGAGAGAGCUGGCCUGCUCGUGUUCGAGCUGAUGUCACUGUUAACCUCAAUGUGCAGGAUCAUAUCAAGCAUGAGUGGGAAGGCCUUCGGAAGCACGACGUUUGCUUUCUGAUCACGGUGCGGCCCAACCUGCCCUAUGGCACACGCUUCGACCGGCGCCAGCCCUUUGUGGAGCAGACUGGCCUGGUGUAUGUGAGAGGCUGCGAGGUGCAGGGCAUGCUGGAUGACAAGGGACGUGUCAUUGAGGAAGGACCUGAACCAAAGCCAAAGCUGCGAGGAGACGCCAGAACGUUCCGUGUUUGGCUGGACGCAAACCAGUAUCAACAGGACAUGACCAGCAGUAUUCAGAGUGGCACCGAAGACCCGUAUGAGACUUUCAACAUCAUCAUGAGACGCAAACCCAAGGAGAAUAAUUUCAAGGCAGUGCUAGAAACCAUCAGAAACCUGAUGAACACAGAGUGCGUCGUCCCAGACUGGCUUCACGACAUUAUUCUCGGCUAUGGGGACCAGGGCAGUGCCCACUAUUCCAAAAUGCCAAAUCAGAUCUCUGCGUUGGACUUCAAUGACACGUUUCUGUCUUUGGACCAUUUACGUUCUUGUUUCCCCGAUAACACCAUAAAGGUCACAGAAGAGAAUCCUGACCUGCAAGUCCCCCCUUUCAGAAUCAAGUUUCCCAUCUCAAACAAAACAGACAAAGGCAAGAAGAGAAAGGCAGAUGAAGAAGUGGAAGACAAAGAGGAAGACAUGACCUUGCUCGUUGAGCCCUAUGUCACUCCCAACCGUGGUCCAUAUCCCUACAACCAGCCCAAACGGAAUACAAUUCAGUUCACUCCCACUCAGAUUGAAGCCAUUCGAGCUGGGAUGCAGCCAGGCCUCACCAUGGUUGUAGGACCACCAGGUACCGGAAAGACGGAUGUUGCUGUUCAGAUCAUCUCAAACCUUUAUCACAACUUCCCUGAGCAGAGGACCCUCAUCGUCACACAUUCAAAUCAGGCUCUGAACCAGCUGUUUGAAAAGAUCAUGGCUCUAGACAUCGAUGAGCGUCACCUCCUGCGUCUGGGCCAUGGAGAGGAGGAGCUGGAGACAGAGAAAGACUUCAGCAGAUACGGCCGUGUAAACUACGUCCUAGCCAGAAGGCUGGAGCUCCUCCGGGAGGUGGGGAGGUUACAGGAGAGCUUGGAUGUCCCGGGAGAUGUUUCUUACACUUGUGAGACAGCUGGACACUUCUACCUCUACCAGGUCAUAUCUCGCUGGGAACAGUAUAUGAGCAAAGUCAAACCUAAACAGGGCAAGACAGUGGAGGUGGAGGCUGUGGCUUCAUUCUUCCCUUUCCACAAGUACUUCUCUAACGCCCCACAGCCUGUGUUCAAGGGCCGGUCGUAUGAAGAGGACAUGGACAUUGCAGAGGGCUGCUACCGCCACAUCAAGAAAAUAUUUACCCAGCUGGAAGAGUUUAGGGCCUUUGAGCUGCUGAGGAGUGGCCUGGACCGCUCCAAGUACCUGCUAGUGAAGGAAGCCAAAAUCAUCGCUAUGACCUGUACACAUGCUGCACUCAAACGCCACGACCUGGUGGAGCUGGGAUUUAAGUAUGACAACAUCCUGAUGGAAGAAGCUGCUCAGAUUCUGGAGAUCGAGACCUUCAUCCCUCUAUUGUUACAGAACCCGGAGGAUGGCUACAGCAGACUGAAGCGUUGGAUCAUGAUUGGAGACCACCACCAGUUGCCCCCUGUUAUCAAGAACAUGGCCUUCCAGAAGUACUCCAACAUGGAGCAGUCUCUCUUCACCAGAUUUGUGCGGCUGGGAGUUCCCACCAUAGACCUGGAUGCACAGGGCCGUGCACGAGCGAGCCUGUGUAAUCUGUACAACUGGCGCUACAAACACCUCGGGAACCUACCUCAUGUCCAGCAACUGCCUGAGUUCCAGGUGCCCAACCCUGGCCUAACCUUUGACUUCCAGCUUAUUAAUGUAGAGGACUUCAAUGGUGUGGGUGAAUCCGAGCCCAACCCUUACUUUUACCAGAACCUGGGGGAGGCUGAGUAUGCUGUGGCUCUGUACAUGUACAUGCGUCUACUGGGCUACCCCGCCGACCGCAUCAGCAUCCUCACCACCUACAAUGGGCAGAAACACCUGAUAAGGGACGUCAUCAACCAACGCUGCGGUGGCAAUCCCUUCUUCAGACAGCCUAACAAGGUGACAACGGUGGACAGAUUCCAGGGUCAGCAGAAUGACUACAUCAUCCUCUCACUGGUUCGCACCAAAGCCGUGGGACACCUGAGGGAUGUGAGGCGUCUGGUGGUUGCCAUGUCAAGAGCCAGACUGGGUCUGUACAUCUUUGCACGGGUGUCCCUGUUCCAAAACUGCUUCGAGCUGACUCCUGCCUUCAACCAGCUCACUGCCAGACCUCUGCAGCUGCACAUCAGACCGCACGAGUACUACAGCCAGGAACAGCCUAGAGAUGCUUCUGGACAGCCAGACCAAAUUGUCAAGAACAUGCCGGAGAUGGCCAACCUGGUGUAUAACACGUACAUGCACAUGAUCCAGACCUCGCAGAAAUACAGACAGCAGCAGCAGACGAUGGCUCUGCCUCCACAACAAACCAAGACGGACGCUGUGGUCGAGGAAGCUGCAGUUGUAAGCACCGUGGAGCCGCGGGACGAAACCCCCAUGGAGUCGCAGGAAGAAACUCCCAUGGAGCCGCAGGAAGAAACCCCCAUGGAGCAGGAAACCCCAGAAGGAAAAGACAGCUCAGAGCCAAAAACUGAGGACACGAGCAAGAAGGACGAGAUUGAAGAUACAGAGAGCCAUGCAAAGAUGCCAGAGCAUCCUGGAAGAGACAGCGACAGCGACGGAGAGGACAGCGGGGAGGAGCAGGAGCAGUAGAGAGUCUUCAGAUGGACUACUGUCUAAUAGUUGGCCUCAGUUAUUUGGGGGACCAGGGACUGUCCCUUAAGAAAAGAUUAGUGUGGAGUCAGUGAUUCUGAAUUUUUAGAUCCUGAUGAUAAUGUUUCAUUUUCUACAACAUUUGAUUUUGUUACUAUAAGUACUUUGUAUUAAAAAAACGAAACCCUU